AUGGGGCCACUCUCCAAGAAGCGCAUGAUCGUCCGCGACGGCGUGUUCUACGCCGAGCUCUUUGAGUUCCUCAAGCGCGAACUCGCCGACGACGGCUUCGCGGGCGUCGAGCACCGCGUCACGCCGACUCGCACGGAGAUCGUCAUCCGCGCCACCAAGACCCGCGAGGUGCUCGGCGAGAAGGGCCGCCGCAUCCGCGAGCUGACGGCGUGCCUGCAGCAGCGCUUCCACUACAAGGAGGGCAAGCUGCAGCUGUUCGCCGAGCGCGUGGAGGUUCGCGGGCUCUCCGCGAUGGCGCAGGCUGAGUCGCUGCGCUUCAAGCUGCUCAGCAACCUGCAGGUGCGGCGCGCCGCGAUGGGCAUCAUCCGCUACGUCAUGGAGUCCGGCGCGAAGGGCUGCGAGGUGACGGUCGGCGGCAAGAUCAAGGGGCAGCGUGCGAAGAGCAUGACGUUCCGCGACGGCUACAUGAUCAAGUCCGGCACGGCGCACAAGAACUUCGUCGACGCGGCGACGCGCCACUGCCACCUGCGUGCGGGCACCAUCGGCGUGAAGGUGAAGAUCAUGCUGCCCAACAGCAUGCGCUGCGAGGACGAGGUGCUGCCCGAUGUGAUCACCGUUAUUGAGCCCAAGGAGAUCACGGCAUGA